CUAAUUGUAGCAUUUUAUAUACCGUACGCAGCAAUACUUUCGUACGGGUUGUUCUCCUCUCUCCUGACCUUGAGUUUGGCUCUUGAUCUUCUGUUUUUAUCGUUAGACUACUGGCGUAUAUUUUUAUAAUUAUCGAUAAUAAUUAUACAAACACAACAGUAACGGAACGCAUAGAAAAUUAUAAGCGAUUCUGUAAUAUGAAUUUAAGAAAAUGUGUUUAUAAUAUCAUGACGUCAUUUAUCGGAGUUUAAUUUCCUGUCAUUUGUGUUGUCAUAGCCUUUGACAGUUGGUAAUAUUAAACAUGUCUGUAAAUUUGUCAAAGCAUCGAAAUGCUUUGCUUGAAGCUUGGAAAGAAGUUGUUGACGAUAAAUCUCCCACAGAUUGGGCUCUGUUUGGUUAUGAAAAGCAGUCUAAUGACUUAUAUGUCGUUGAUAAAGGAGAUGGAGGGCUGGAAGAGUUAGUUGAUGAGUUAAAUAGUGGAAAAAUAAUGUAUGCUUUCUGUAGAGUUAUAAGUCCCACUACUGGCCUACCAAAGUUUGUCCUCAUAAACUGGCAAGGAGAAGGUGCUCCCUUGACAAGAAAAGGAGCUUGUGCCAAUCAUGUGCUUGAUGUAGCUAAUUUUUUUAAGGGUAUUCAUGUCACAAUUAAUGCGAGAAUGGAAGAAGAUGUUGAACCUUCACUAAUCUUGGAAAAGGUUUCUAAGGCCUCCUCUUCUAAUUUCAACUUCAAAGAUCGGUCUGAACCAGUCGAAAAUACUGCUCCUGUUGGUAGUGUAUACAAAAGAAUUAUGCCAACUAGAGAAAUAAAUCCAGCAGAAAUUGAAAAGUUUUGGAUGAAAGAGCAGGAGGAAGAAAAAAAAAGGAUUUUUGAGGAAAAAAAGAAGGCUGAAGAGGAAAGGAAAAAAUUAGAGGAGGAAAGGAAAGAACGGGAGUUACGUGAUUCAUCAGCUAGAGAAGAAUGGGUAAAAGAAAGAUCUAGAUCUAUUAAUCAGAUGAAAGAGGCUGAAAAGAAUGCUGAUAAUAACGCAAGAAGUAUAGUUCAAGAAAAAAUGCAGUGGGAGAAGCAGUUAGAAGAUGAUGCCAAAGAAGAAAAAGAAAGAAGAAUGAGAAGUGAAAGUCUAAGAAGAGAAAGGAGUUAUGAAGCUCAAACAUUAAUAUCUCAACGAAAAAUUAAUGCACGGGCCAUAUUUGAACAAAAUACGUGUGCAGGACAGAUGUCAAGUGUUCAGGCAUCUAGGCAGCCAAAAAUUCUUCAAGAAUUUGAAGAGAACCAAGCAAGAAUAGGAAAUCAACACCAUAACCAGUAUCUUUCUCAAAACAUUCAUUCUCCGGAAUAUCAAGAGCCCGUAAAGCUUGAAAAAGAGCCAGAAAGUGAUACAAGAGCAUCUGUUUCACCUCCUGAAGAAUUUAAUUACACACGUAAUUUAUUAAAGGAAGGUUUACCUCCUCGGCAAGAUUCUGAGAUGGAAGCAAAUGCUGAAGAGGAGCAAAACUGGGAUGAACCUACACUGGAGGCACCUCCUGAUGUUAGAGAUCCAUUGACUGAAAUGAUGGCAGAACAUGGCAUGGUUCGUCAAAUGGUAGAUAAUACCCAAGUUAUUACUUCUGGCCAGCUAUCUGAUGGAUUAAGAGCCCGUGCUUUAUAUGAUUAUCAAGCAG